AGGCUCGUUAUUUUAGUAUAUAAUACAUAGCCAUGGAGUCUGCUAUGGUUACAGAGGCUUCUCUGUGUCUUUCUCUUCUUUGUCUAAAAAUAUCUCCGCUUCAUGGAGCUAGGGUAGGGGUCUACUGCCUGCUGGCACUUGACAAUAGUAAGAAUCGAAGUACGAGCCUAUCAGAGAUUUUGUUUGUAUUAGCACCAAGGUAACGAGGAAAACAUCGCAAACGUUUACUACUCGUGUUUGAACAGCACUUGGGUACCAAAAGUCGCUCGUACUUGCCUGUUCUCAGGAACUAUUCCUACAACUAUAUUUACAGUAAAAUAAGUAGAGAAGGCUACUUUGGCUGAAAAAUGAGUGCUUGGUCCAGUGGGAUUUGCGGCUGCUUUGAAGACAUGAGCAUUUGUGCUACUUCCUAUUUUUGUCCGUGCAUUGUUGCCGGGAAAAACGCCGAAGCUAUGGGAGAAAGCUGUUUACUUUAUGGAUGUCUUUCAACUAUGGGAUGCGUUGGGAUCUUUUUCGGUGCUAAGAUCCGUGAAAGAGUUCGACAGAUCUACGCUAUUGAGGGUUCGUUUGGGCACGACUGUCUAAUGCACUGGUUUUGUCCUGUCUGUGCUUAUGCUCAAGAAGCUAGGGAAAUCAAGUCACGUGCGCUCGCUGGAGCUACAAUAGUGCGUUCAUAAUGAAUGCCACCAUCUUGAAGAGACUAAAUUUAACUAUUCCAAGUUUAUCAGGCUGACGAAGGACCUAAUAUUGCAUGUUUCUAUUAUUUUUCUUUUCUCAAGCUAAUAUUAGAUUGACAACGAGUGAAAUCGGUACUUACUCCACUAUACCCGACUCCGUGAAAGUUCCCAUCGAAAACUAACAUUUUCCAGACGCUAAAUCCGUUAAACAGCAUUUAUUUCAAAAAUAACAAUUUGCAUAAGUAUGAAAAAAGUGCUGUUUAGUAUAUGUCUUGGUGAAUAUAAAGGAAAGGUCAGUGACGCCUUUUGUACAGCAAAGAAUGAUGGAAGUUGUACUUAGUCUCGCAUUUUCUUAUAAUCCCUUUAAAUUCUCUCUAAAGCCGUUUUAUGCUUUUGUAGAGACUGCUCAACUUCGUCUUCGAGAAGCAAAUUAAAACAGAUUACUCAUGGCUAUACUGUGUUAUGUACAUGACUUAAAAAAAGUCCGAGGAAUACACUCCCGGCUUUAUCAUGCUUUGUUGCACAAAAUGGCGUCGCUGCACGUUGCCUUUGAUUCCAUUCGCAGCACCUAUAACAUUUAUACGUAUUAACCAGUGUUUUGGAUUUAGUCGCAGACUCCACGAAAUGCUAGACUUCUGGGAAGGGUUGUUCAAAACUUAGUGUUCCAAAGUUAUACCUGUAUUGAUGUUAAUCAGACUUUGAACAAUCCGACCCUGAAAACCAUUGAUCUCCUCUCUUAGUCUAUUAAAUGCAUGUAUUAUUAAUUUACCAAAAUUAGAUAUUUUCCUGUUUCUUUUUCAGUUUUUUUUUAAAGAGUUUUUAAUAAACAUCAACACAAUGAUAUUACAAAGAUCCACAAACUUAUAUAGGUAUAUUAUUCUUACUUACACGGGCUUUAGGAGACUCCAUGUUUUGAGUUGUGAGAAAUUCUUGUUCAUGGACAAAAUAACACGCUAGAUUUACUUACUUGAGUUUUUUAUUGCUAGUCAAAUAAGCUUGUGAUGAAUAAACAUGAAUUUAUGGUC